AGGAGCACUAUAUAGCCUGGGUGCACUCCUCCGCUGAGUGACAGUGCCCUGUGCUCGGUGACAGGAAGCAGUCCAGUCCUUGCCCCGGAGUGACUCGCUGCCUGCAGCCCAGCGGGGUGGACGAGCCGCGGCCAUCCGGAGCCUCCAGUGAUUGCGGCCGGGCGCGGCUGUGUGUGAGUGCAGAGGCGGAGUAUGAGACGCUGACAGGCGGCAUGGAACAAGCAGGAAGGUCCGCUCUGGAGCAGCGCAGCCCGGUCAGCAGGCAGCAGGACGAGCGGCCGGAGCCAUGCGGACCCCCAGCCGGGGACAGCGGCUCUGCGCAGACAUCAGCCAUUCAGAACAACCAUCCUGAGCAGAUCUUACGGAAUGACUAUGAAAAAAUGGGGACACUUUUUGGUGAAAUUAACAAAAUUCUACUGGACACUGGCUUCUCCCGGAUGUACUUUGGUGAAAGGACUGUGGAACCCGUGCUCCUGUUGUUUUUCGGGGUCAUGCUUUGGUUCCUUGGCUUACAAGCUCUAGGACUGGUGUCUAUACUCUGCCUUGUUAUUAUUCAUAUACAGUCAUGAUGACCUGUGGCACUGCAAUGUUUUAUGUAAGAGUAAUAUAUUCAAAAAGACCUUAAUCUUAAAGAACAUGGCACAAUAUUUUUAAUUCAGAGAGUCCUCUGUUAACCUAUUCUUUAUGUAUAUGUUUUGCAUUGCAUUGAACAAUUAAAACCGGUUUCC